UUGUUGCAUGACUUGAUAGAUGGAUAUGGAUAGUGUACCUAGUGAAGAUCAGUCUAAGCAAGAUCAAUCAAGAGCAAAGUGGACGGAUAAGACAUUUGUCGACUUGUUGAUUGAGCAGAUGCAGCAAAAUAGUGUUUCCGAUAAGAGGGCUUGGAAGCACAUAAGAGAAGAGUUCAAUAAACGAACUGGUUUGAAAUUUGGCGAGCAGCAAUUGAGGAAUCAUCAAAGUGUACUUAGGAGGUUGCAUAAUAAUAUUAAGUCUCUUCUUGAUCAAAAUAGCUUCAGUUGGAAUGACGCCUUACACAUGGUCAUUGAUGAUGAUGAGGUGUGGAAUAGUUACGUUAAGGCAUAUCCUGAGGCAGACGCAAUCAGAGGGAAAGAAUGCCCAAUAUUCAAACAGUUAUGCAUACUAUUCUCAGGGCCUGAGCUAGGCCAACAUAGAGUUGAAGGUGGACAAGUUCAACCAAGCCACAACACUGAGCUAGAUCAAGAUAUAAUCUCGAUGGGUACUCCUGAAGUUGGUAGCAUUUCAGCAGAACCCAUAGCAGAUGAAGGAUCCUCACACUUGGCAGAAGAGGGUAAUAUAUCGGAUGGUCGAAACAAGCGCCGUAAUGUUGAACCGAUCAGUUCACGCCGUGCUAAGAGAAUCCAUAUGGGAACCAACUGCCCUGCCAGAGUCGAUGCAACGAUGACUUGCUGGACAGACAGCAGGGUUAAUGCAUUGCCCCAUUGUCCUGACCAGUUUUCAAUAUCCAACUGCAUCAAAGUUCUAAAUAGGAUGCAAGGGAUUGAUCAAUAUCUUUAUCUGGCUGCUUCUGAUAUCUUCCUGGAGCCUGACAAGAGAGAAACAUUCAUAUCUAUCAAAAAUGAAUUUAGAUUGGCCUGGCUGAAGGCUAAGUGUCAAUAAUGUGAGAACACCCACCAUACAUGUAUGUUACUCUUGCUGUGAAUUGUGACCUAUGUCUCUAUUGAAGUGCGAAAAUGUUAAGGAUCUAGUGUUUUUUUUUCCAUUUAUCCUAAAUAUUGAUUUACAUGAUUCAUGUGAAAUCGUGGGUCUUAUACCUCAUAUGAUCCAUAUGAAAUCGUGUGCAUCAAUAUUUGGGAUACGUGGGACAAAAAAUGCUGAGAUCUAACCCUUCUAGUUAAA